GAAACACCACAAACAGUCCCGAGAUAUUCUAAGUUUACACACUUGUGCGAAAGUGUGUAUGUGUGUGCGUGUGUGUGUGUGUGCGCUCGGGAGCGAGAGCGAGAGAGAGAGAGACACUCAGAGAGGGACCUCUUUGGAUGGAGGAGGGAUUAAACGUCCACUGAGGUAUAUUUAUGGGGCCAAAGCGAACCGGCAAGUGGAGUGACCCUGAUACAGCACCACGGCACUAAGAGGUGGACCUCAUGCAGGAACACCCUCAAACAGAAGCGACAAGCUGAAACCGGACCUGAGACAGGACCACAGCGCCCAGACUGGACAUGAGAAAGGACCAUCGAACUGAGAAGAGACUUUGUAGCGCUCCGGACAACAGAGACCAGACCUGACAGGACUCCAGGGCCUUGAAUGAGGACGAGGAGUGACACGAGGAGCGCAAAUCUAAGCCGGAGGGCCACCUGGACAUCACACAGAGCUGGACUGUAGAUUGCACACCUGAGGCAGGAUCAUGUGCCCAAGUUGAGUAGAGAGUUACAGGACAACAGUGGCAUGCCAUCCGAGUCUUUUCCUCCAUCUUGUUGAGAGAGUCCAGAAACUUUGCUAGUGAGUAUUUUCACAGACAGCCAUGUCUGCUGAGGCAGCUCCUGCUGUUACCUUUGUCUUGCUGCUUGGUCUUCUUGCGCACUCCACCCCGACACCUCUGGCUCCUGGGUCGGACCCAGUCCCCGAGAGAGCGCUGGAGUCGGACUGCCCGUCAUGUGCGUUGGCACAGGUGAGGAGAAACUCUUCGUACGGGGGAGGGCAGAGCGACAUGGUCGAGGCGGUGAAGCAGCACAUUCUCAACAUGUUGCACCUGAACGCCCGACCAAACCUGACCCAGCCGGUGCCCCGCGCCGCGCUGCUCAACGCCAUCAAGAAGCUGCACGUGGGCCGCGUGGCCGACGACGGCAGCGUCGACAUCCAAGACAAGGAAGCGGAAGAUGACGUUCCGAAUCCUCCGGAGCCGCCGUCGGAAAUCAUCACCUUUGCGGAGCCAGGUGACUCCGCGAACCAGCUGACGUUUGACAUCGCCAUGGAGGGGAGCAGUCCACCCCUGGUGGAGCAGGCCAACGUCUGGAUCUUCCUGAGGCUGGCGAAGGGAAACCGGGCCAAGGGGAAGGUGAAGAUACAGCUGCUACAGCGCCGUUCCUCUGAGGAGGAGGAGGAGCGCGUGUCGGAGAAGAUGGUGGACACGCGUCGCAGCGGCUGGCACACCCUGGCCGUGUCUCACAGCGUCCAAGCCCUGCUGGACGACGGAGACAAGUCGCUCAGAGUGAGGGUCUCCUGCCCGCUGUGUGCCGAGGCAGGCGCCACGCCUGUGCUGCUGCCCGCCGACGGCAAGCGAACCAAAGAGCGAGAGGAAUCUCACCGACCCUUCCUGGUGGUGGUGCUUCAAACCAGUGAGCCGGGGAGUCAACGGAGGUCCAAGCGAGGUCUGGAAUGCGACGGCAAGAUCCACCUCUGCUGCAAACGGCAGUUUUACGUCAACUUCCGAGACAUCGGAUGGAGCGACUGGAUUAUUGCUCCAGCCGGUUAUCACGCUAACUACUGCGAGGGCGAGUGUCCGAGCCACAUGGCCAGCAUCAGCAGCUCUUCGCUCUCCUUCCAUUCAACGGUCAUCAAUCACUACCGCAUGAGGGGCUUUGGACCUUUCCAGAACCUGCGGUCGUGCUGCGUGCCAACGCGGUUGCGUGCAAUGUCCAUGCUCUACUACAACGAGGAGCAGAAGAUCAUCAAGAAGGACAUCCAGAACAUGAUUGUGGACGAAUGCGGCUGCUCAUGAACACGUUUAGCGGCGACGGCCAGAGCAAACUUUAACAAACACUGUCAGAGACUGAAACUUCAACAAGGAUUUACCACACACGCGGAUUUGAGUUUGACAGAAAGCCAAAGACAGCAGACUCUAGCGUCAUCAAGCAGAAUAUAAAUUAUUGAAUUGAUGAAUGAGACCUAUUUUGAUUUAAUGAAAUAAAUAAUUCUGCAUUCAUUAUUCUGAGGCGUAAUUUGUGACACAACACAAGAGUUAGUUCCUUUAGAAUUGACCUAGAUCCUAGUUUGUUUGUUCCCCUUCAUCAAGCUACAUUGGAGGAGAUAAACAGUGGCCGUGGUGCACGGGGUUGUG